ACCCUAAUUUCAACCAACAGAUCACAUCUCCUGCAAAAAGGGGACGCUGAAAGCGGAUUAGGAUUACGUUUUUUCUUGGCCGUUUUUCUCUAUACAGAAAGCAUCAAGCAACCAUGGCGGAAGUGAUGUCGAUGGAAGAUAUAAGAACCGAGGCCUCUCGUUUGGAUAUCGAUUUGUCGGUAGUUGAUUGGAACUCUGUUUGGGUUCCUCCAGGUGAAGAUUUUGGUAUCAAAAGUGAUGACGAGGAUCUUCAUGAGGACAAUUCCUUGGAAUUUGAUGCUGGUUUUGGGAACGUUAUAGUUGUGGAUAAUUUGCCGGUUGUGCCCAAGGAGAAAUUUGAGAAGCUUGAAGGUGUAAUACGAAAGAUUUACAGCCAAAUUGGGGUAAUCAAGGAGAAUGGGCUUUGGAUGCCUGUUGAGGAAGAUACUGGGAAAACUCGAGGUUACUGCUUCAUUGAAUACAAUACCCCACAGGAAGCUGAGCUAGCCAAGGAGAAGACGAAUGGGUACAAGCUAGACAGAGCACACAUAUUUGCUGUCAACGUUUUUGAUGAAAUUGAGAAGUUCAUGCGUGUCCCAGAUGAGUGGGCUCCACCAGAAACUAAACCAUACACAUCAGGGGAGAAUCUACAACACUGGCUUACUGAUGAGAAAGGUAGAGAUCAGUUUGUUAUUCGUGCUGGAUCUGACACAGAGGUCCUGUGGAAUGAUGCGAGACAAGUGAAGACUGAUCCUGUUUACAAACGACCUUUCUGGACUGAAAGUUUUGUGCAAUGGUCUCCCUUGGGAACAUACUUAGCAACGGUACAUCGACAGGGUGCUGCUGUUUGGGGUGGUGCUUCUACCUUUAAUCGUCUAAUGCGCUAUGCUCAUCCACAGGUUAAAUUGAUUGACUUCUCUCCUGGUGAGAAGUAUCUGGUUACUUACAGCAGCCAUGAACCAAGCACCCCUCAUGAUAGUCAUAGAGUUGUGCUCAAUGUAUUUGAUGUUAGAACCGGCAAAGUAAUGAGAGAUUUUAAGGGAAGUGCAGAUGAAUUUGCAUUUGGAGGAACCGGAGGUUUUACUGGGGUUUCUUGGCCUGUUUUCAGAUGGGGUGGUGGAAAAGAGGACAAAUACUUUGCUCGACUUGGAAAAAAUGUCAUUUCCGUCUAUGAGACUGAGACCUUUAGUCUUAUUGAUAAAAAAUCCAUUAAAGUCGAAAAUGUGAUGGACUUUAGUUGGUCCCCCACUGAUCCUAUUUUUGCACUCUUUGUUCCUGAACAAGGUGGCGGAAAUCAACCUGCUAGAGUGAGCCUUUUCCAAAUCCCAAGCAAAGAAGAGUUAAGGCAGAAGAAUCUCUUCAGCGUUAGUGAUUGCAAAAUGUAUUGGCAAAGUGAUGGGGAGUAUCUUGCUGUUAAAGUUGACCGAUACACAAAAACUAAGAAGAGCACGUAUACUGGAUUCGAGCUUUUUCGUAUUAAAGAGCGUGACAUACCUAUAGAGGUUUUUGAGCUUGAAAACAAGAACGACAAGAUAAUUGCAUUUGCGUGGGAGCCAAAGGGUCACAGGUUUGCAGUUAUUCACGGUGAUAACCCGAAGCCCGAUGUAAGUUUUUACUCAAUGAAGGGAGGUAAAGUAUCAAAGCUUGCUACGCUCAAGCAAAAACAGGCAAAUGCUCUUUUCUGGUCACCUGGUGGCCGCUUUAUUAUUUUGGCUGGGAUGAAGGGCUUCAAUGGCCAAUUGGAAUUUUACAAUGUGGAUGAGCUUGAAACUAUGGCAACAGCUGAGCACUUUAUGGCUACAGAUAUAGAAUGGGAUCCUACUGGAAGGUAUGUUGCAACUUCAGUCACUUCGGUGCAUGAGAUGGAAAAUGGUUUUAACAUAUGGUCAUUCAAUGGAAAGCUGCUCUACCGUAUUUCAAAGGACCACUUCUUUCAGUUCUUGUGGAGGCCAAGGCCGCCAUCUUUCUUGAGCCCCGAGAAAGAGGAAGAAAUCUCGAAGAACCUGAAGAAAUACAGUAAGAAGUACGACGUACAAGAUCAAGAUAUAUCAUUGUUGUUAAGCGAGCAGGACCGUGAGAAGAGGAAGCAAUUGAAGGAGGAGUGGGAAAGGUGGGUAAAUGAAUGGAAGACGCAUCACAACCAAGAGAAGACGGAGAGACAGAUACUGAGAGAUGGAGAAGCCAGUGACGUUGAAGAGGAAUACGAAGCCAAAGAAGUCGAAGUCGAAGAAUUGUUGGAUGUUUCCGAAGUCGUCGUCCCCGAUGCCUAAAAAAGUUGUUCAAUUUUGGUAGCUGCACUUUGCUUUUUAGUUUCGCCACAUCCUUUCAGACCUAACCUCCGGGAUUGCUUAUUUGUACUUCUUUUACUGAAACAAACGGGUCUACUCGUUUGUUGGCAGAGGUCAAGUCUGCGUACAUUCACCACUCUAUCAGAACCAACUUCCGGGUGGGUGGUAUCGUGCGUGUUUGGUUUUUAGUUUUUCAUAGCUUAUAGUUUUGUGGUGUUUGGAGAUUAUUUGAGCAAAAUGGAAUAUUUGUUCCUCAAAAAAUUACACGACAAUGAUUAUGUUUGUUUUCUUGGACGUUCAA